AUGAAUAGCUACAAUGGUAGCGAUGAGGAGGAUAACAAUCCAUUCUCAGGCACCAAUCAUUUGUAUGCAUCGGGAAUUGCUGCUGUUCCAGAGGGACAAGAUGAUUUUGUUCCCCCUAACAUCCUUACAGACAUACAGGAGAAAGAGGAAACAGGGGAUGAAUUGAUGCACCAGCUUUUUGGAAGCGAUAUAGACACGAGCAAGGCUUUGCGCUCAGAAAGCUCUGAAACUGGUAUGGCUACGUGGGGUGCAGAACCUGCAGAGGCUAAGCUAUCAGAACCAGAGCCUCCAGUGAUGAAAAAAACGCUUUCUUCAGAAGGGAGCAGGAUCCCAUUUACUCUUCCAGUUGAGGACCGAGUGGUCAAAAUAGUAGAUGCAGGUCAUUUCAGAGAUGCUGGUGGGAAAUAUGCUAUUGGCUACACCAUCGAGUUUCAAGGGAAGCAGGUUGUAAGACGAUACUCGGAGUUUGAUAGUCUCAGACAUGCAUUAUAUCGACUGUUGCCAACAAUUGUUGUGCCUCCGAUUCCAUCGAAGCAUCCGCUCAUCAGAUAUUUUUUGAAUCCGCUCAGCGCAGAGAAAGAUAUCAGAAUCAUCGAUCGCAGAAAACGUUUACUCUCGUUGUUCCUCAACAAUUGUUAUGCCGUCCCCGAAGUACGCGCACACAUUGUCUACAAAAAGUUUUUAGACCCCGAGCAAGUAUGGAGACAUGUUUUAAACUCUCCUCCGAUAUCGAUUCUGCCUGCAAACAACCUUUUGGCACCUCCCCUCCAGCAAACCAAACCCAGUCCAUUGCAUCUCUUGCUUCCCAGUGCGUCUACAUCUGCAACUAUUACCGAACCGAUAGACAAGGAGAACAUUAUAUGGAGUCAAGAGGAAACUUUCAAGCAGUAUGAGUUGAAUCUCAAGAAGUUCGAGAAAACCCUUCACCCGUUGGAAAAACAGUCUAAGCAAAAUAGACUCCACUUUCAGGCGUUGUCUUCUUCGCUGGCCGAACUAGGUGCUUAUUACAAUGCGUUCAGCCUGGAAGGAAAUAUUUUAGCACUCCAAGAAAACCUGCGACAAAUCAAUGAGCUAUCCAAGGGAAUUGAAAAAGUGGGGCAAGCCAUCGAUGUAAACUACGUCAAUUCUGAGAUUGUCUCGGAGCAGAUUACUAUACUAUUUGAAGAACCUAUGGCCGAGAUGGUGCAGACAAUUGCUGAGGCCAGGCAAGUGCUGCAUUUCAGAGAGCAGAAAAUGGGACAAUACAGAAUAGUAGAAGCCACUAUAAAGCGUCGUGAAGCGCGGAUAAAAAGUCUAGAAGAUGCACGACAACAAAUGCUAAGGCUCGAAGAGGCUUUGCGGAAAAACGCAGAGCAAUCCCCGACCGUUGCGCAGGCUGUUAAAAAUAUGGAUAACCGGAGUCGAAAUGCAGGCGAAGCGGUUGUAGCUGAGGCACAGCCUCACGAGAAUGAGAUUGUGAGCAAGCGUUCUCACGCUGGAAAUACAAGAUGGACAGAGCUUUUCAAGCCGAGAAGAUCGACAGCUGUUGGGUCUCACAGGUCGCGAUCAUCCUCUGAUACUCGCGAACUAGAACCUCAUCUUCUUAGCGACGAGCAACGAGUGGAAGAGGUUUCGAAAAUAACCCAGGAACUGCAGAAAUUGAACGAGUGCUUCAAGCUUAUUACAAAAGACGUGAAGCAGGUCAACGCGUCUGUUGAUGGGAGCUUGCUACGCCUGCUGAGCUACAUUAAGGAAAGAUGCUCCAUAAUUCUCAAAGCUUUUUCCAGAGUACUUCUUGUAUGGCUCAAAGAUUCGUUGGUUGCUUGGCAGAAUGCCAGGCUUGUGAUCGGAGAUAUCAACGUGCGCACUCUUGAACUGUCUUGA